ACAAGGCUGCGCGCCGGCCGACGCGGCCGGCUCGGGAGCCCUUUGUGAGGGCGGUGGGCUGCGCGGGUCCGCGGCGCCAUGAGCGGCUCGGGCGGGGCGGCCUCGGCCUCCGUCGGCUCCGCGCCGCCCGCGGAGGAGGAGGGCAUGACGUGGUGGUACCGCUGGCUGUGCCGUCUGUCGGGGGUGCUGGGGGCCGUGUCCUGCGCCAUCUCCGGCCUCUUCAGCUGCAUCACCAUCCACCCUCUGAACAUCGCGGCCGGCGUGUGGAUGAUCACCAACGCCUUCGUCCUGCUGCUCUGCGAGGCGCCCUUCUGCUGCUCCUUCGUCGAGUUCGCCAACACGGUGGCCGCGAAGGUGGACCGGCUGCGCUCCUGGCAGAAGGCUGUCUUCUACUGCGGGAUGGCCGUCGUCCCCAUCAUCAUCAGCCUGACCCUGACCACGCUGCUGGGCAACGCCAUCGCCUUCGCCACCGGCGUGCUGUACGGGCUCUCCGCCCUGGGCAAAAAGGGGGACGCCAUCUCCUAUGCCCGGAUCCAGCAGCAGAAGCAGCAGGCGGACGAGGAAAAGCUGGCAGAGACCCUGGAGGGGGAGCUGUGAUGCGUGACACGGCUCUGGGCCCGCCGCAGGGUUCCGUGUGAGCGCGCUCGGGGCCGGGCCUGCGGCGGGACCUGAGGGCAGCCUGGAAGAGGACCUUUUGCCUGGCGCCCACCACCUUCUCUGCCCGCCCCCAGCCUGGACCCCUCCGGCCUGCCCGUCUCUCGGCCCCGAGCUGGCUCCGAGCUGCCGGGGCGAGGACUCCGAGGGCCCUGGCCAGCAGUGAGGAGAUGGGCAGCGUGAGCCACAGGCGGCCUGGGCCGCAGGACUCGAGGCAGCGGGCAGCAGCUCUGCACCGGCAGCCUCCUGGACCCUGACCGCCUGGCGUGGCUGGGGACAGACCUCGGGCGCGCCCCCAGACUUCCGCAGCGGGCGGGGUCUGGGGCCCCACCGAAAGCCCGGGAGGAGCUUCCCCGGGGACUCGGGGCCUCAGCCAGAGCGUGCCUCCUCCAGGCCGAGCCACCUGGGCCCUCCUCUGGCCCCCUGCCGUCGGGGCCCAGCAGUGUCCUGAGGACUGUGUGUUGUGGCCUCGUGUGGCCCCUCGGGGAGGGGGGGAAUUCUGUGCUCUGUGGGCGCCCCCCAGCGCUCCCACGAGGCUCCUGCAGCCCCUGGACCAGCAUCCCCAGCAGCGGCCGGAGCACUGGGUGGGGGCGUCCCCUCCUGCUUUGGGACACUGGUGAGGGCCAGCCCCCGCCCCCCCGUGCCCCAGCCCUGGCCAGGAGCAGGGAGCUUGACCCACCGCGGGUGCUCCCACCGGCUGCUGGCCCGCCCCAGCCUCCGGACAGCCGGGCAGACUGCUGUCCGCACUGCCCCAGGCGCCAUGCGGGGGGUGGGGUGAGGGGGCUGGGGGCGGGGCAGGGACUGUGCAGAGCUGGCGCAGGCCGGGGCGGCCCCCUUGGGGCCUGUGCCUUCGUCUCCCCCAGGCUCCUUCCACACCUGUCCUUCCCUUCUGCCCGCUGGCCGCUCUGACCGCCAGGCUGGCCCUCGGCCGGUGGGCACGUCUGAUAGGGCCCAGCUGAGGCUGGCAGCGCCAGGCAGAAAUGGGCCCAGCACCUGCUCCCCCCACCCCAGGGUGCAGGGCCCCCGGUGGGGCUCAGUCCCAGGGCAGCGCCCGAGGCACGGCUUCCCUGUCGGGCCUUUGGUGCCCACUGGCGGCUGCGGUCCUCGGGCGCUGCCCUGGCGGGGGGCAUCAGUGGGUCCUGGUCAGCAGCAGCCACCCGGGGAGCUGCCCGGGCCGAGCCCAGAGCCCUGUGGUGUGGCCAGGGCGGCAGGACACGUGUCCUCGGGGGUCCUCUGGGGCUGAGGGCCGUGUGUGCGUGGCGUGGCGUGUGUGUCUCCUCCCGCGUGUGCUGUGACCAGGACCUGUCUACCUCCCGGGGGCGGGGCCUGCUGCCCUCUCGGCUCCUUCUUGCCCAGGACGCAGGCUCAGGGCCACCCCUGCUGGUCCUCCUGCCCCUGCCCCAGGGGACUUGCUGAUCAGUGUCCCCGCUGCAGGGGCGGGGCUGGGUGUGUGCGACAGAAGGCCCACUCCCCGCCCCGUGAGGACGUGGGGCAGGUGCUGGGCGGGCCGCUCGCCCGAGGUGCCCGGUCUGUCUGACGGGCCCUGUCCCGCAGUGGCCGACCCUGCCUCUCAGCGGCAGUCCCGCCUUGCAGGGAACACUGUCCCGGUGGCUGAGGGGACAGGCCACCAGGGCCACUCCCGCCUCCCCGCGUCUGGACUCCCUGGUUCCGGUCCCCGUUUGCCCUGUGUUUACCUUGACUCUUGAGCAAUAAAGCCCAGGGGCAGUUUGUACG